AUGGCCGACUGUCUUCAGAAGCUGCUACAGCCAAUAUCCAAACUUUUUCAUUUUUUUACUCUUCAAAGACGACACGGACACGAAAGCCUUGGCGAUCGCAGAGUCGAUGGAAAUUCGAGCUAUGACAGCAUGCUUCCACCUCUAACUACGAUAAGAAAACGUGGCUUUGGAAAUGGAAGGUUCACGCUCGAAAAUGGGGAUCACUGCCACUUCCUGGGACCGGCAUCGUCGAAAAGUCGGUGUCCUAAAAAGGAUCGAAACACGACUUGGCAAUCAUUGAAAAGCAAAAUCACACAAGCUUGCUCGCAACCAUCGGCGGAUUCGGAAUGGGGACAAUGGAUCCAGAAUCAACAAACCGGCAUCGUAUCUGGUGAAAACAUGGCAGUCAUAACUCAGAAAUAUGGACAAAUAUGCGAUAUUAUUGACCACGGCUCCUCUGGAGUCGUCCUUCUGUCGCACAAAGUCCAAGGGUGCAACCCGAACCUUGAUCGCUUUUAUGCAAUCAAGGUCUUCCGCCGCGGCGCAGAAUCAACUGGAACGGCUUACCGGAGGCGUGUCGAUGCCGAGUAUUUCAUAUCUGCUUCAUUGCAGCAUCAAAAUAUUGUUCGGACUUUUGACCUACUUCGAAUUGGUAAUGACAGUCUUUGCGAGUGCUUGGAGUAUUGCUCUGGCGGGGAUCUGCAUUCAUUGGUUGUUGCAUCCGGUCAGCUGGAACAGGCGGAGGCCGACUGUUUCUUUAAACAGCUUAUCCAUGGAAUCGACUUUAUCCAUGAAAUGGGCAUUGCUCAUCGCGAUUUGAAGCCCGAGAAUCUUCUUCUUAGCCCCAAUGGUUGCCUCAAAAUUUCCGAUUUUGGGAGCGCUGAGUGUUUCCGCCUUAGUUGGGAAAAUCAUGUACAUAUGUCCCGGACACGUCGUGGUUCACGCCCUUUUGUAUCGCCGGAACAAUAUCUAUGCGAGGAAUUUGAUCCUAGAUCGGUCGACAUCUGGGCUGCCGUUAUGACUUACCUUGUGAUGAGAACAGGUAGGAUUCCAUGGAAGAUAGCGACCGAUCAAGAUGAGUCUUUCCGAGACUACGUCGCAGACCGUAUUGUUGGAAGAGGGCAUUUCUUUAUUGAGGAAAUGUGCAAUCAUGUCGACGAGUCAUAUAUUCGAUGCUGGAUAUUGAAUACGUGCGCCGGUCUAUCGCAACUGAAAUUCUUGAUUCUCGGUGGUUACAGGAGACUAAAACUUGUACAGCCGCUGAUUCAAGAAUACUUUAGCUGGAUGAGUGUAUUCAUGACAUGA